AUGGAGGAGCCGCUUCGUCCGCAGUUCAAGGACAAGCGCAGCACGCCCAAGGACCUGUAUGACGCGAUGAAGACCGCCUUCAACAUCCAGGAGGCCGGCACGCGCUUUGCCGCGCUUUCUGACUUCUUCGACGUCAACCUGAGCGACGACGCCAAGGCCACCACCGCCCUCACCGACCUCCUCUCGCGUGUCGACGAGGCCAUGACGCGCGUCCAGUCCCUGCGCCCCUCGACCGGCUACGACCUAGCCACGAUGGACCUCGAGCUGAAGGCGAUGGUCACCAUGCGCGCGCUCGCCGCCUCCCCCAACCCGCAGCACUCCAACAUGUACACCUCCCUCCUGCUCGACAAGGCGCUCACCUACGAGACGGUCAAAGACAUGAUCGCGCGCGAGUUCGCCUUGCACCGGAUGACGGCGGACGGCACGCCCCUCGCAGCCAACCGCGCCGGGUACACACCCUCCUGCUACAACUGCAAGGGGCCGCACCUCAUCCGCGACUGCCCCAAGUUCAAGCCCGACUGGAAGAAGGAAGAGGAGGCCGCCGCCGCUGCUUCUACCUCGAAGCGCCAGCAGAAGAAGAAGAACAAGGGCGGUGCCAACGCGUCUGGCGCGUCCUCUGCGCCUUCUGCGCCCUCUGACGCUGCGGCUAACUUCAACACCGACACAGGUGCGUCUCUACACAUGACGCCGCGGCGAGAUUGGUUCGUCACCUACUCGCCGCAUCGCGUUCCUGUUCGCCUAGCGAACGGCGCGAUCGUCUACUCGGCGGGCAUCGGGUCGGUGGAGUACCAGCCGGUGGAGGGGGAGAAGUUGCUUACGCCUAUCGUGUUCUUUGACGUCCUUCAUGUCCCUCUCCUUACCUCGAACCUCCUGUCAAUU